AUGCUGCCACCUUUUCCGCAGGAUGUCCCUGCACAUCCUUUAUUGAUCAUCGACUACGAUCGCAUCGUCGCUGGGGACAAGGACGAGAUUGAAUUGUUGUGGGAUGCGGCUACCAAACUUGGAUUCUGGUAUUUGAAGAACCAUGGGGUCGAUGCAGAAGCUGAGGCGAUGUUCGAGAUGGGCAAGGAGACGAUGGCAUUGCCGCUCGAAGAGAAACUGAAGUACGAGCAAGGUGAAUCCGGGAUCUACAAAGCCGCUGGGGCCAACGCGACCGACGAGUAUGGCAACCUCGACGCGGUCGAGUACCUCAACGUCGCCAAAGACGACGCUCUCGCUUAUCCGCGCGUCGUUCACCGAUCAUACCCACCUACGGUCAACGCGCGUAUCGAGGAUAUCGUCAAACCCUUCGUCUUGAAGUCUUUGCAGGUCAAUCAGACGCUUCUGCGCGUUCUUGGCCAGAAGCUGGGUCUCCCCGAGGGCGCAUUAGAACGCCGCCACACGCUCGAGGAGCUGAGUGGAUGCGAAACCAGGUGCACUAAAGUUGCAGCCCGCACCGAGCCGACCCGAGUCGCGUUAGGAGGCCACACGGACUUCGGCUCUCUGUCUUUCUUACACAACCGCCUUGGAGGUUUACAGGUCCUGGCACCGGGGACGGAUUCCUGGAGGUACGUGAAGCCUAUUCCUGGUCACGCUAUUUGCAACGUGGGAGAUGCCCUGGCGCUCCUCAGCGGCGGGGUCUUACGCUCAAAUAUGCAUCGAGUUGUACCGCCUCCUGGGGAGCAAUACGGGCACGAGCGUUGGUCACUCGUGUACUUUACGCGUCCAGGAGAUUCAGUCCCGCUCAAAGCCCUGACGGAAGAGAGCGCGCUGAUCAAGGAUGCAGUGGAUCGCCUGAGCCCUGCAGAGACGGCGAAAUAUGAAGGCUCGGCCACCGCCCGUGAAUGGUUUGCACGCCGGACUCGCAACCAGCGCGCCAAGAAUCAGUCUGGUGCAGACACCUGGAGAGCCAGUCGAGGGACGGAGCAUCAGCCCGACCGAAGUUGA